UGCGUUUCUCCUUUCAUUCCAUGUGUGUUUCUCUGGCGAGCGUGAUCUUUCCUCUUGCCCAGCUGCUGAUUCAGUUCUCCCCCCAAAGAAAAUCAUGUGGCGCUUCGUUCAAAUUUCAGUUGUUUGCCUAGCGCUUCUUCUUCCUUGUGUUUUGACCAAAUCGAUCAGCGCCGUCGACAAGCCGGACCUGCCCGACGCCAAUUUACUCUUGGCGGAAUUCUACCACACCGUGGAGGCCGCUGUCAACCAUCUCGUCGUAUCCCGCGACAUGCACAAACUCGUGCGGGAGAGGAGACAGCUCAACAACUUUGGCGGUGGCAAUUUCGGUCAAGGAGGACUCGGAGGGCUCGGAGGCUUCGGCCAGCAGGGCGGCGGAGGAGCGGCCAACUUAUUCACGCAAUCGGGGCUCACGGGCGACCUCCUGGGAGGGUUGAGUAAUGUAGCUAAUUUGGCUAGUUUGGGUUCACUCACUUCGGACGCUGCAUCCGGAAUACCACCUGUCUUGCAAGGAGUUGGAUAUGUGAACAACAUGGUCAAAACGGUUGUCGGUCUCGAUCGAAUGAAAUGCACUUCGCGUUUGGCGUGCGAAUACAUGGCCAACAGAGGUCUGUUCAAUCGCACCAGCGCUCUCGUUCCUCCGACCGUAUUUCCCGCUCUGAAUGAAAACGCGCAAGGUGCAUUAAAUCUCUCCCAUCCGAGCACCUUUAGAUCUAUCUUGGGCGUUUUGCAAUUGAUGCGCUUUCAAGAAUUUGGAGCUUAUGGGCCUAUCGAAGCGGCUUUGUGGGGCGUUGCACAUCGUGAUAACACAAGAUGCCGUGAUCAAUUUUCCAAGUGUCCAUCGACUGCCGAAGCCUUCAUUACGGAACUCAACUCUACCCCAGGUGGUCUUCAGAGCAUGCUGACAACUUCCUUACAAGCUAUCCGCAAUACUUUACCGGAUGGAGCAUCUAGUGCGCCUGAGACGGCAGCCAGCGUUGCGGAUAUCGGAAGUUCUUUAAGCAAUUUUGGACAACAAGCAGGAGGAGGAUUGGGAUCGUUAUCUGGAUUAGGUGGAUUAGGCGGAUUCGGUGGCAACCAGCAAUUUCUCAAUCCUUCUGGUUCACAAUUCGGCAACAACCAGCAACUUUUGAACGGUGCACAGUUCGGCGGCAAUCAACAAUUUCUCAAUCCUUCUGGCUCACAAUUUGGCAACAACCAGCAACUUUUGAACGGUGCACAAUUUGGCGGCAAUCAGCCACUUCUGAAUGGUGUAGCUGCACAAUUCGGUGGAAAUCAACAAUUCGCCAAUCCUUCACUUUCGCAAUUCGGUGGAGGUCAACAAUUUUUGAAUCCUUCUGCAGCUCAAUUCGGGAAUCUGGGCUCAAACUUCGCUUCCACGAAUUUUGGACAGCAAGGAGCAGGAGGAGGAUUGGGAUCGUUUGGCAACCAACAACAGUUUCUCGAUUCUUCGCAAUUGGGGGGAAAUCAACAAUUCCUCAAUCCUUCGUUUUCGCAAUUCGGUGGAAACCAACAGUUUGCCGGUAGUGCCGGUUCGCAAUUCAGUGGUCUGGGUUCCAACUUCGCUUCCACUGGAGUUAGCAAUUUUAAUCCGGGCUUUGGAUCCGGACUCAACGGCGCGAACGGACUGAACAGCUUGGGUGGAUUUGGCGGAGUAAAUGGCCUUUCUGGGCUCAGUGGAGGUUCCCAGUUUGCUGGCCAAGGCUUCCAGCAAGGAAGCUUUGGAGGAUUCAAUGGAUUAUCAGGAAAUUUUCGCUCCGGAGCGGAUGACGACAAAAAAGCCAAUAAUAAAAAGAAAUGGACAUGGGGUUGAUUUGAUACAUUCGUGACGUAAUUUAUCAUAUGCAGGACGUAUGAAAUUGCAUCUUGUAUUCCAUUCGUUUAUUAAUAGAAAACGAAGUUGUGUAUUAGAUUUCAUAUUUUGUUCCUUUUUUUCAAAUUGAAGCAUGCCAUGACAUCUAGUAGCAAAAAAUAUUAAUAUUGGAACAAAAAAUAAAUGUAAAAAUACGCAUAAA